AUGCUUCACAAUGAAAACUCUGAUUUCGGGUUGCUGCUGACGAACAACGAUGACGAGGAGGCAGAACGUGAAAUGGCGCAAUCAGUGCAGCCAGCGGAUGCUCUGAAAGAGACACAAAUGUUGUUGAGCGCUGGAAACCCAAACAUCGAAGCACUUCUCAACAGCCCGGAAUGGAAGCUCGUAUUCUCCAUGCUCCAGGAGAGACUCUCCCAAACAACUACUAAUCUCUCCACCCUGCCACCAACCACUCCCGCAUUAGCCACCCCUCCACCGGUUCCGUUUUCACCGCUCACCUGCCUUCCAUCUCCAUUCUCUUUCGGCACGCAUUAUGGAAAUGAGGGUAAGAAGGAUCAUGUGAAGCGGCCAUUGAAUGCGUUCAUGAUAUGGUCCCGUCAGGAGAGGCGCAAGAUCACGGAUAGCUAUCCGGAUUGUCACAACAGCACAAUCUCGAAACUUCUGGGACAACGCUGGAAAGAGAUGCGCGACGAUCAAAAGAAGCCGUACUUUGACGAACAAGAACAUCUCAAAGAGCUCCACAAACAAGAAUACCCGGAUUAUCGCUACAAGCCGAGUCGUAGACGUAUUUCGAUCGACGGAAAGAAAGUCCCACUGAGCCGUCUUCGGAAAGGAUCCCAAUCGUGGGAUCAGGAGUCUCCACUGUCUGUGACAGAACUCGCCUCCCGUGUUCUUCUUCUGAGUAACCAACAACAAGAGCUCCAGAAAUCAAAUGAAUAA